AUGACGUUUUUGCAUUGCCGACUUGUGGCUACUGCCCUUUAUCUAGCUUUCAGCAUUAAAACUGCCCGCUCAUCAAACCUGUAUGCCUUCUAUACACAAAGAAGCAUCCAAGCUGCGGCACAAGACCCGGAUACUGGCAGGAUCCUGUACAGCAAUUGUAAUAGUCUCGAUGAACCCGUCUUCCCCGUUGAAAACCCAAACGUGCUCCCAACUUUCAGCAGCCCCCAGAAUGGGACCGCGUUAGCCGCAGCAGGCUGGUGGGAUGGAACACAGGUAUUGGCCUCUGUUUUCUUCCAAAACGAAGACGGCGAAAUAGCGAACUGUUUCUACGAGUGCGAUAUGGAGACUGGCCGUUUCAAUCGCACGGCCGAAUCGUACCCCUCCUUGAUAGCCCGUGUUGGCUCGGUCCACGAAAGAACCGGGCUGUCCGUCGAGCUUUUGGUGGAUCAAGUUGGAUAUCGACAGUAUCGACUAUUUUACCACAACGCGGACAGACAAAUAAUGAUGAUGUCGUGGGAGCAGGACGCAAAGCUGUGGACGGAUACAGGAAGGGUCUCUCAGGAUACCGACCAUGGGAUGGCUUUGGCCUCAGUUUAUCACGAGGGCAAGGACAUCUCAGUGGUUGCCCCACGAGGUUCUGGAGACAUUGAAGUUGCGCGCCUGCCACAAGAUGAUCUAUGGCAGCUUGGGAGUUUCCCGCGCCCCUUGAAGGGUAACGCGACAAACGAGACCGCACCCAGUCAGAUGAAAUUCGACGACACAGCCAGCGCUGACUUCUCUUUACCAUUUUGGAACCCCAACACUAAAGCUAUUGGGCUGGCAGUAACGAAGAACGGGUUACGAGAAGUCUACUAUAUCGGCACGGACACGACUUUGUAUCAGGCUCGCGAGUCCAGCACUUACGGUGAAUGGAUUCUUGGACCAAAUGGUAGCCAGUCAACUUGGUCGAAGGCGGACGAAAGAAGUGGCGGCAUAGCAGUAGUGUCGCGGUCAAAGGUCCCCGGCGAGGUCUGGAUUUACUACUGGGUCGACGGAGCGAUCAUACAAGUUUACAAGUCGGCCGCCGGUAUCUGGGAAGAGGCCAAAACACUACCGCCCAAUACAACUAGCACGGACGUAGCUCGUCCGCCCGUCGGCGGCAAUGGAGGUGAGAAUUCUGGCCCCGGCGGCUGGAGUACUGCAAUGAAAGCUGGCGUCGGUCUUGGCGUCACAGCUGGUGUAUUAACGGUUGGAGUGUUAAUCUGGGUCCUCUUCAACCGUCAUAAUGCUCUCAGCCCUAUCUUUAGGACACGAGGCGCUCAUAUAGAGGGCGAAAGUCAUAGCGACCUUCCAGAACUUUGCAUAGUCCAGAGAGCGACGCCGAUCUCCGUUCAGUCCGCCAGACCCUCUACGGCGAGGCGGGCCGCGGAGCUGGAGCAGCCAGGGAUGGCUUAUGAGCUAUCAGGACACACGGAGCGGUGA